AUGAGCUCUACUAUACAGCAGUCCAGACCAGUCCAAGAGCAGCAGCUUCAAGAUGCGGGCGAAGAUCUUCAGUCGGGCCCGCUCAAGCUUGAGCACUUGCUGGCCAAGGGACUUACAAAAAAGGACUUAGAACUCUUGAAGGAAGGAGGUCUGCACACAGUGGAAUGUGUCGCCUUUGCUCCUGUGAAGGUGCUUCUGGGCAUUAAGGGCAUUAGCGAGCAAAAGGCGGCAAAGUUAAAGCAGGCAAGCAAGGAGCUUUGCAGCCUUGGAUUUUGCUCGGCACAGGAGUACCUGGAAGCACGAUCUAACCUGAUUCGCUUCACGACUGGCAGCGUGCAGCUUGAUGCCCUUUUGAAAGGUGGCGUUGAGACUGGAAACCUGACGGAGCUGUUCGGCGAAUUCAGGACUGGAAAGACUCAGCUAUGCCACACAUUAGCGGUGUCUUGCCAGUUGCCGGUAGAGCAAAGCGGUGGAGAAGGUAAAUGUCUAUGGAUAGAUACGGAAGGAACUUUCAGACCCGAGCGCAUCGUGGCCAUUGCCAAGCGUUUCGGGCUGGACCCUAGCGACUGUCUUGAUAACAUCGCUUAUGCUCGAGCUUACAAUUGUGGUAAAGCAGGUUACACUUCUAACAAAAAAGAUUUAAAACAGGAAUAGCAGGCAGCAAAGUGCCUUGAAGGCUCAACGAACAACACUAGUGGUGUAUAUCGUCUCUGUUUUGUGCAAUCAGAUCAUCAGCUGGAGUUGUUGACCCAGGCAGGCGCCAUGAUGGCGGAGUCUCGCUUCGCCUUGCUGAUUGUGGACAGUGCGACGGCAUUGUAUCGGUCCGAGUUUGCUGGUCGUGGGGAGCUGGCAAACAGACAAAUGCACCUAUGCCGCUUCAUGCGGUGCCUGCAGCGAGUUGCCGACACGUACGGAGUGGCGGUGGUAGUAAGCAACCAAGUCGUUGCUAAAGUAGACGCAGGCCCCUCCAUGUUCAACGCCAACGAGAAGCUCCCUAUCGGGGGCAAUAUAAUGGCGCAUGCUAGUCAGACACGUCUGUACCUCAGAAAGGGCAGAGGCGAAAGCAGAAUCUGUAAAAUAUACGACAGUCCCAGCCUUCCAGAGGGAGAGGCUGUCUUUGCCAUUGGGGAAGGUGGCAUUGGUGACUAUGAGGACAACUGA